CGCAGUCGCAGUCGCGUCUCCUCUUCCUCGCUUCUGCUUCCAAGUUCAGUCUCCCUUCCCUUCUUCAGGAAGCAAACAGCCGCUCGAUCCUCCACGCAAAUCCCCGCCUCUGGAGAACCUCAACGAUUCCGGCCGGCUACUGCGUCGCGGCAGGGCGGAGGCCGACGCUCGCCGCCGCCGCAAACCCGCGCGCGCGCUGCCCGCUCCAGCCCGGCGAGAUGCUGGGGGAGUUCCUCUCCAGGGUCCUCCUGCUGCUGUUCGGGUACGCGAUGCCGGCGUUCGAGUGCUUCAAGACGGUGGAGGCGCGCCCCAACGACGCGCACAUGCUCCGCUUCUGGUGCCAAUACUGGAUCAUAGUGGCCAUGGUGAUAGCCGUCGAGAGCUUCAUCUCAUGGAUGCCGAUGUACGGAGAAAUCAAGCUGGCUUUCUUUGUGUACCUGUGGUACCCCAAGACAAAGGGCAGCGACAUCGUGUACGACACCUUCCUCCGGCCCAUGGUGAUGCAGUACGAGCCGAACAUCGAGCAGAGGCUGCUGCAUCUGAGAGCCAGAUCGGGGCAGCUGCUCACCUUCUACAUUCAGAACUUCGCUGAUAAAGGGACGGCCUUCUUCAUGGAUGUCCUGCGAUCCGUCGUUUCUGACGAACCUGCAGCAUCAGUUUCAGAGAGGAACAAGAAGUCGUCCGGGUGGAGCCCCUUCGCCACCAAACGCCGGCCGCCGUCGCCUCCGCCACAAGAGUCCAUCUUCGGCGGCCCCGCCGACCUUGACGCCGCCGCCGUGGCCCAGGUUAUCCGCGCUUCCAUGGCCGGCGCCAAGCCGGCCCGGCGACAGUACAGUGGGAAGUACUAACGCGCUGGGAGAAGUAGUUGCUCCAGAGGCAAGUACUAGGGGAUGAUCAUGUACAUAGAUUGGAUUAAACAGUGAAAGAAGGCACAGGUGGUCUAAUGGAGAGUACAUAGCAAAUUAAAUCCAAUGUGAAGUUUACACUUGGGUGACUGUAUGAUGAACAUGAUAGAAUUUGCUUUUCCUUUCCA